AUGGCAGCAAAACGGUCUCUCGUGUCCAACCUGGGCGCCCUGACAACAACCUUCACUCCACCAAGUGACUUCAGCACGCUGCUCGUACGAACCAUAAGCGUAGUCGACGACGACGACGGAGAAGGCUUCAGAUACAAUCAAUUCUAUGCCGGUUAUGGCGAGACAUGCACCAUCGACGACGAGGGCAGCGCGUCUACCUCUGAGACAGGUCUCUACGAUCUCUGGGGCAUCCUGGAAGAUGACGAAACUGCCGUUGGGUGCUGCCCGACAGGGUUCGUCUGCAAGUCAGAGACAUACAGCGUCUGCGAGUCCACCGUGACGGCCCCCACCACCAUCACAGCCGUGACUUACAACUCGGAAUGCGAGGCGUCCACCUUGAGGACGCAUAUCCCUCUUGCUUGGGGUGCUUUCAUGGAUGCCCAAUUUGCUGAAGCUCCGCGCGUGAUCCUCAUCCUACCCAACGAGACAAGGACAGACACGACGCUGACAAGGGCCACGUCCGAUGCCGGCGGGAACAAGGGCCUGCCUUCUUCCGACGAUGAAUCUAGCACUGACGAGUCCAGCUCUGGGCUAUCGGCUGGCGCCAAAAUUGCAAUUGGAGUCGUGAUCCCGGUCGCGGUGAUCGUCGUUGCAGCGAUUUUAGUCUGGAUGAUUCGGCGACGACGGAAGAAUCUGCCUCAUCUGCAGGACAGCCCCAACCAGGAGAAUAACCCCAGCACAGGGGGUCAGGAUGGCGCAAUUGGCAAGGCGGAGCUGCCAGGGAGCGCGACGGGAGCUACUGGGCUGCUUGGCGUUGCGUUCCAGAAGCCCGAGCUGGAUAGCUCAGAUUUUUGCCCUGUCGCGGAACUAGACGGCGAGAACAGGUUGUCACCACGCUGA